AAUAAAAUUAAUGGUAACACCCACAGUAAUUUUGCAUGAGAAAAAUGAUUCUCCACAGCCCAGAAAAACAUAAAUUAAUGGUAACACCCAGUCCCACAGUCAAAUAAAUUAAUGAUACCUGCUUAAAAUUCCAAAAAAAGUAGAUGGUUUGUCUGCAAUGGUUUGUCUUAAUGGAAUCCACAGUGAAUUAUUUCAAGUAUAUGAACGCCAACUUCUGUGAUGUUAAACUUGCAAAGGCAUCUUCUGCAAGAAUGUCUUCUAACAAAUGCACUCGAGAAGCAUUUUUAUGCAUUGUUGUUUACUUUUUGUUAGUGGGUUCACUUCAGGUGGCUGAACAAGCACCAGAAGAUGCAUGGGUUGAGUCUUUCCCUGGCUACAUUGGAAGCCAGCCUUACAGCAUAUAUACCGGGUAUAUAACGGUCAGCGAGGCUCAUGGUAGGGCUCUCUUUUACUAUUUUGUUGAAUCCGAAAAUAAUCCAUCCAAAGACCCAGUUCUUUUGUGGCUUACUGGUGGUCCUGGUUGCUCAAGUUUCACUGGAUUUGUCUAUGAGAUUGGCCCAAUGUAUUUUGAUCUCAAUUACACUGGGGGUUUACCCAAACUAAUUGACAAUCCACAUUCUUGGACUAAGGUGUGCAACAUCAUUUUUCUUGAUUCACCAGCUGGGACUGGGUUUUCCUACUCCAAUACAACCGCAGACUACGUUUAUGGAGAAUUUAAGAUUGUCUCCGAUGCAUACGCUUUUCUUAUUAAGUGGUUUGAGGCAUACCCUGAGUUUCUAUCUAAUCCACUAUACAUUGGAGGAGAUUCUUAUUCGGGUCUUAUUGUACCAAUGUUGACACAGAAAAUAGCAGAUGGUAUUGAAGCCGGUGCAAAACCACUCCUAAAUAUUAAGGGCUAUCUGGUUGGUAAUGGGGAGACGGAUUAUUUUUUUGACAAUGCACAGGUGCCCUUUGGACAUGGAAUGGCCCUCAUAUCAGAUGAAAUAUACGAGACAACAAAGCAGGCUUGCAAUGGUAAUUAUACAUCCACAAAUCCUUCAUGUCAAUCCAAAGUAGAGUCAAUAUAUGAGCAAUUUUUUUCCCAUCUCAAUAAAGCUUCUAUCCUCGACCCAAGUUGUUACCCCAUUACAAUGAAGCAAGAAAAAGUAAGCGGUCAGAAAGAACCAGGAAAGGGACACGAGAAAUUGGAAGUACUAGAUCAGCUUAACGAAGCAAGGAGAAAAGUUUGGUCCACAAGGUUUACAGUUCAUGAUGGUUUUCACCGAAUCCCCCUUCAUUUUGGCUAUGAAGACAAGCCCUGCCCUUCUCUGGACAAAUAUAACCUUUCGGAUAUCUGGGCAAAAAGUCCUUUUGUCAGGAAAACAAUUCAUGCUCUACCGGAGAACAUAACAGGGGUGUGGAAAAGAUGUACUCCUCGUUUUAAAUAUAAACGUGAUGUUACAAGUGUGAUUAUAUAUCACAAAAAUCUAACCAAGAGAGGUUAUCGUGCUUUGAUCUAUAGUGGUGAUCAUGAUUUGGUUAUCCCAUAUGUUGGAACUGAGGCCUGGGUGAGAUCAUUAGGGUAUUCAAUAGUUGAGGAAUGGAGGUCUUGGUUUGUAGAUGGACAGGUUGCUGGAUACACAAGAGCAUAUAAUCACAACCUUACAUUUGCAACUGUGAAGGGAGCUGGACAUACAGCACCAGAAUACAAGCCCAGAGAAGCAUUUUCGAUGUUCAUAUCAUGGAUUUUUGGAAAACCUUUUUGAACAUUCGAAGAAAAAUAUUUAUUGUGUUACUAAAAAUUUCCCCACUUGAACUAUGUUUAUGGAAAUAGUGAGAUCUAACCUCCUUUUUCCAAUUAUGGACCUCUAGGAUGCUUCUGUGAAUAUUCAAUUAAGAUAUUAUUAUUGUCUUAUUUUAUUUUUUUUAUGUUUUUUAAGCUUGUUCAAAAAUUCUUAUUGAAGUAUGUUUAUGGAAAUGAUAUCUA